AUGCUGUUUGUCUUCCUUAUUCUGCUCUUCUUGCCAUAUAUUGAAGCUGGUCCACCGAAACCCAUCAACCGAUCUCUGAUCAACUUCAACGGUGUAUGCAAAUGUGAACUCGGCUAUAGCGCCAUUGUAACGCAUACAACCUGGCUCGUGAUCAUGCAAGCUCAUUUGCAGGUCUACAAUCAUUAUGGAUGUUGGUGUGGUAAAGGAGGCUCUGGCACGCCUGUAGACGGCAUAGACCAAUGCUGCAAAACUCACGAUUACUGUUAUCGUGCAGCGAGAAUCAGCAAGAAAUGCAGCAGCAUAGCUUUGUACACUGAUAUGUAUAAGUGGAAAUGCAGAAAUAAAAAAGCUAUUUGUCAAGGUAAAACAGAAUGUGAAAAGGCUCUCUGCGCAUGCGACACCGCUGCUGUUCGCUGCUGGGCUCUUUAUGGAAAGCCAAAGACGAAGAAAGCCUGUCGUAGAAAGAUUGCACCAUUGUUUUUAGUGCAGGAAUAA